AUGUGUGUUAAGGCUGAUUGUGUUCCCUCUCCUCUCCUGACCCCAGAGUGCAGUACCUUCUCCCCUCCAGCCACUGUCAUCCUCCUCAUCCUCCUGUGCUUUGAGGGCCUCCUCUUCCUCAUCUUCACCUCUGUGAUGUUUGGCACCCAGGUCCAUUCCAUCUGCACAGAUGAGACGGGCAUUGAAAAGUUGAAGCGAGAAGACCCUACAUGGGAGAAGGCUCCAACCUGGGAAGCUAUGAAGUCAGCGUUCGGAGGGCCUCUUUCUAUGGCUUGGUUGAGCCCUUUCACCGAUCUCUCCUGCCAGAAAGAUACUUCGGAUCCUGUUCCCACAUUCCCACAGGGAGAGAUCAUUGAGGAGGAUGUGAUUGAGAUUCCUUUGGAACCUCAUUAGAUCGAAAUGUGUUUGUUGCUUAAGCUCUGUGAGACUAAUGGCACAUUUCCUGCCUUGGACUCGCAAAGAGACUACUGUGGACAUUUGAAUAAUAAAAAAAAACACACACACAUUUAUAUACUGUACCAAAGUGCCUUAAAACCGUUUUUAAAACCAAAAAUACAUCUUGCUCUUCUAAAGAGAAACUUAUACUGUGCAUAGAGAGACUGAGCUCCUAUCAGAUUGACAUAACGUGUACUUCAUAAUGCCAGCUGUUUCUUGAGCAGUAAUGUCAUUUAGUUUGGUGUAUCUACAUGUUUGACCUGACCUAGAAUAUUAAAAAAUAUUAAGUGAC